CCACUUGUAGACAAGUCUAAAGUAUCCGCAGAUUUUUCAGAAGCACAACGCUUUAAAUUGUUCCCCUGUCCUGCCCGAUGAGCCUUUCCAAGUUUGCAGGUCAGGCUUGCGAUAUUGUACUUUGAAAGGAAUGGCAGACGUCUAUCAACUCACUGAUCUCUGCCAGGCGAGGACCAAGACUCGACAUUAUGAUCCAUCACCUAGCCCAAACAUCUCCCGUUGGGUUGAACCGAAUGAGAGUACAAGCUCUUUGCAGCAACGCUCCCAUCCUUCUAUAACUCAAUAUGAUGCCCAGAAACAGCACAACUUGCUCGGUUAUGCGGAGGCAGACCAAUACCCUCCAAAUCUUUCCUUGGCUCGCGACUCAUCAAAGGAUGACCGCUUCCCCGAAGGUGGGGUCCGCUCAUGGUCUGUCGUGUUCGGAAGUCUCUGCGCCUUGACUGCAUCAAUGGGCUUAUUGAAUUCCAUUGGCACCUUUCAAGCGUAUAUAUCGACGCAUCAGUUGAAUGAUUACAGUGAUGGUACUGUGGGCUGGAUUUUUAGUCUCUACAUUUGCCUAUCAUUCAUUUGUGGAAUCCAAACGGGUCCAGUAUUCGAUGCCAAGGGACCCCGAUUACUGAUUUUUGCCGGCAGCCUGCUUCUAGUACUGUCCAUGUUCCUAUUGGGUGUCUGCACCGAGUACUGGCAUUUCAUCAUGGUAUUCGGUAUUUUAGGCGGCAUCGCUACUUCUCUUGUAUUCACACCAGCUGUAUCCUCAGUCGGCCACUUCUUCUUAGUUCGUCGAGGCCUGGCCACUGGCAUUGCCAUGACGGGUGGCUCUAUCGGCGGUGUGAUUUUUCCUUUGCUCCUUCAAUCAUUAUUUCCAAAGAUUGGAUUUGCCUGGGCGACGCGCGUUAUGGGCUUCAUUAUCCUGGUCCUCCUGGUAUUUGCGAAUAUCUUUCUUCGCUCGCGGUUACCGCCAAAGACCGGGUCGUCCAUUCUCCCCGACCUUAGAAUCUUUAGGGAUAUUGCAUUUACUUUCACAACAGCGGGUAUCUUCUUUGUCGAAUGGGGUCUCUUUAUUCCCUUGAGUUAUCUUACAUCUUAUGCUCUCAGCCACGGCGUUCCGGUUAAUUUGGCCUAUCAGCUCAUCGCUAUUUUCAAUGGCUCUUCAUUCUUCGGCCGAUGGCUUCCUGGUCUGGUUUCGGAUAAGUUUGGGCGUUUCAACAUUAUGAUAGUAACGAUUAUUUUGUGUUUGAUCACCACCUUUGCAUUGUGGUAUCCAGCGGGCGGGUCAACGGCAAUGAUUAUUGCUUAUGCUGUUUCAUUUGGGUUUGCUAGUGGCAGCAAUAUAGGUCUGACGCCGGUUUGUGUGGGUCAGUUGGUCGAGACUGAAAUGUAUGGCCGAUAUUACGCCACAUGUUAUACCAUUGUUAGCCUUGGCACUCUUACCGGCAUUCCCAUCGCCGGUCAGAUUUUGUCCGCAAAUCGAGGGGGCUACUGGGGUCUCAUUGUAUUUACAGGAUCGUCAUAUGCUGCAGGUCUGGCGUGUUUCGGUAUUGCUAGAAUUCGCCAGACUGGGUGGAGGCUAAAGGCCAUAUAUUAACUUUUUUUUUUUUUUUUCCUUUUUUGAGUCUCCAGAUUGGGGAUAGCUAGUUAUUGCACAUCUACGUUCCAAAACGUUUUGCAAACUUCAGGUGGACAUUGUGUCUAACCAUGGCUCUGCUGUAUUAGAGUACAGCCAGUAGAACUUUUGAGCGGUUCAAGAGUCUUGGCGGGCUAACAUAUUGUUUUCACAAAGAGUUGGAGAGACGAGCAAGUUCCGAUUGCUGUUACUGGUUUUGAUACGCAAGCGUGGGCGAUAAACCCUAGAAGUAUCAAAGUUGCGAUUACGUCAUAUAUUGUUCAGUUUCCUCCGGCCAUCGUCGUCGUGUCAGGAAACCUUUGAGGAAAUUCAAUUGACUCCUAUC